GAGGGCGGGAAGCGCGAGCCCCCCUCACUCCUGCUAGGCCGCGCCGACGCUCCCUGUGCCCCAGCUACUCACGACCCUACGGGGCCUCAGGGUUUGCACCCGUGCUCGAUACCAGGAUUGCAGCUGACAUUUCCUCAGAGAGCCAUUAGAACCGUGAAGAUGACAGAUAACAGCAGGCAGGAGCAGUCAAAAUGGUCAACAACAGUUAUUAUGAGUACAGGUCUACAGAAUCACGAAAUCUCCACAAUUCUACAGAGGCAACAACAUCGAGUUCGAUAUUCAGAAUCAGUGGAAAUUGGUUCCGUGAUUUUUUCUCUUUCUGGUGUUGCGUUUUUACUGGCAGACAUUCAAGACUUGCUUGCGAGAGGGGAAGAACAGUUUUUAGAAAGAAUUCAGAAGUUUAUAAACAUACAUCGGAAUGGUUUUCUGGUUUUGUCAGCUGCUCUCCAUGGACCGCAGGAAUGGAAUGUAAUGUUUAGGAUUCAGAGAAGAAUCCUGGGAAGCAAUUUACGUAUAAUACCAGUUCAUAAUACUGCUGAAACUGUUAAGUUGAUGCUAACUAUAGCUAAGAUGAAUUCCAAGCCACGUGCAGAUGAUGUUUCUCAGAAAAUGGCAAUGACAAAAACCCACAUAAUAGAAAACAGCCCAGUCUGGAAGAUGCUUCAGGAGUACCAGCAGUUGCAUAGUAAUUAAGUUAGCUGGGAGUUUUAUUCAUAAAUAAAUUAUAGCAGCUAUACUUUAAACAAUAUAUAGAAUGUUCUUAAAAUAUACUGUUGCAUUUAAAAAAACUAUAUAUACAAUUUAUGCAUUUGAAACAGAUUUAUAUUAAAUAACUAUACAGUGAAAAACAGUACACAUUAUCCCCAGUAUGUUUUAUAACAAAACAAAAAUGUAGUUGAACUGCACUAAAGAGAAGUCAUCCUGAUAUCUGGUUUGAUUCGGAAGCUAUGCAUUCACCUCUUUAUAAUAAUCUUUCAAAUUAUGUAGUAAAUCUUAAGGAAAACUUUAUCAUCAGAGAUAAUGAUGACCAAAACAAUUUCAAAAUACAGCUUUCCCAUGUUUAAGCAGACGUGUAUCAAACCUUACACAGUGCAUUUUUAAACACAAGUUUUAUCUGUUCUUUCACUGAGUUUUAAUAUCUUACUUGGCUCAAGGCUGAUGUGUUUUUCCUUAAAUCUGGUUUGAUUUGCUUUUAUUUAUUAUCUAUAGCUUACAAAUCUGUUUGUAAAUAUACAAGCUUGUUUGUCAUUAUUAAAAAGUACUAAUAAAAAUAACUACUCCUUUAA